GGUCAUCAUUGGUAUUUGAAUACUUGUCAAAUAUGAAUGUUAUGUGAUUUUUGUUUCAUAAAGAUAUCACAUGAUCAAAAAUGAAAUUAAAUCUUUGGAACAGUACAUUGACCGUCGGAGUAAUUGAAGUGCCACCUUUUGCCAUUCUUGAUAGAGAAUAUCUGCAUAUGGAAUGUGGAUCCGAAAAUGGAUUGCUCAAAACAAUGAGCUCGUAUUUUAAUUUCACAAUAAAUUUUAUCAAUUACAACAAAAUGAUUGGCCAAAAACUUGCCAAUGGAACAUGGACCGGUAUGAUGGGCUCACUUAUAAAUCAGGAAAUCGAUCUUGGUAUUGGUGCUAUAAGUUUUGAUUAUGAUAAAUCAAACGAUUUUUCAUUUUUUCAACCACAUUGUAUGAGUUCGGUUUCAUUUGUAACCCGAACUCCUCGAAUCGUUUCGACUCAAUUUUUACAUCGUCCAUUCGAUGCUUCUGUUUGGUAUCUAUUUAUAGUUGUGCUUUUAGUUUGUUUUAUUUUCGACCGGAUUCAAAGACGAUACAAUUCAACUGAAAUCGAUUUAUUCUGGAUAAAUUUUGCUCAAUUAUUUCGUCAAAAUUCUUAUCAAAAAUUGUCUUUCCCAUCAUUCAUAUCAAUUUGGAUGAUAUCAUGGAAUUUAGGAAUGUUUAUUUUAAGCAUUUCAUAUGCGAGUUGCUUAUAUUCAUUGAUCGCAGCGCCAUCAUUUUCCGCUACUAUUGAUAAUAUCGAGCAACUAUUCACUGCCAUACAAUCUGGUCAGAUUAUUGCAACAAGUUUAGAUAAUCCAAGAUAUAUUAAAUAUUUUGAGGAUUGGGUUGGAAAUACAACAUUUGAAAUUGAUAAUAUCUGGAUAACGGUUCCAUAUACAACGAAGGCUAUGGACAUGAUACGAGAUUCCUAUAUUGAUAAAUCGGAAACCAAAUACGCUUAUAUUGAUCUGCGAGAAACACUUCAAUUUGCUCAAGCUGAUUUUGAUGAAAAAUAUAUCUAUCUACCAUCGGAAAAUUUAUUCUCAUCAAUGUAUACAGAGAUUCUUGCUAUACCUGUACGAAAAGAUUUUCCAUAUUAUAAUGAAUUCAAUCGAAUACAAAAACUUUUAUUUUCUUCCGGUUCUUUAAACCAUUGGCAACAAGAAUGUUAUAAUCAAUUGCGAAGUAAACGAAAAUCUCAUAUGACCACUUUAGCUACGAAAACAAAUGCAUUCACAUUAAAACAAUUAAAUAAUUUUUUCAUGAUGAGAUUAAAUUUGGAAAAUAAAACUUUCACGGUUGCUAUAAAUGCGAAUACACCAUAUACUUUUUUACGUUUUGAUGAAGAAAGAAAUGUAUGGUUUCCUGUAGGUGGAUCAGAAAUUCGUCUUUUAGAAACAUUAAGCUCAUAUUUUAAUUUUACCUAUGAAAUGAUCAAUUGCCAUCGAAAUUGGGGCCGAAAAAAUCCCAAUGGAACAUGGACUGGCUUAAUUAGAAUGUUAUUGGAUCAAAAGGCUGAUUUCGGUAUCGGUGGUGUUAGCAUGAAUUAUGAACGAAUUAAUGCUGUACCAUUUUUAUAUCCAUAUCAAACAGAUCAAAUAACAUUUGUGACUCCUGCAGAAUCAAUAACUGAAUAUUAUAGUCAUUUUUUAUUAGAACCAUUUGAACAAUCUGUCUGGAAUUCUUUUAUUCUAUGUAUCCUUAUAUGUAUCAUAUUCGAUCGUAUCAUCAAAAAUUGUGAUCGUAAAACAGAUCUUUUAUGGGCCAGUUUAGUAUUACUACUUCGUCAGCCACUAAAUAUAAGAACGAAUGUCACAAGUCAAGCAUUUCUAAUAUGGAUUAUGUGCUGGAAUUUCGGAAUGUUUAUACUGUCAACAGCUUAUGCAGGCUGCUUUUAUUCGAUGAUUGCAGUGCCAGAAAUUCCUCAUGAAAUAAAUUCAGUGCUUGAAUUAUAUCAUGAAGUUCAAUCAGAUCAAAUGAUUAUUACAACAGUCGCCAAUUCUUUAUAUUCUGAUAUAGUUAAGGUUUGUUGGCAAAUCCGAUAUUCAUUAAAAUACUAAAAUCAAUUUCCAUAAA